AUGCAUAUCCAUUCCUUUCAUCGAGUGAAGACCCACAAGGAGCCGACCGCUCUCGCUCGUGAUGAAAGCCAAAUUGCAGCGCGCGAGCCCCUUCUCAUCGAUCUCCCUCUUCCUCUUCCCAUCCUCUCCGUUUCUGUAGCAGUUCCUCUUCUUGGUUUGACUGUUGUCGUUGGAGGCGAGGGCCGGCUCCUUCCCACUGGUAUCAUCCCUUCACUUCCAAUACCGCCUGUUAUCCCCCCAACCCCCGUCCCUCCCGUGCCCACACCUACAUUACCAGACCUACCACCGGUCAUCCCAACACCCCUACCACCCGCACCCACAGUCGAGAAUCCUCCCGCACAGCCAGACCCCACACCGGAUCCCGGAACCAGCAAUGCCGGUGCGCCGACGAAAACCACACAAUCGGCUCAAUCUUCCAGCACUCUAACCGGUACCCAGGAGGAUGAGGGUGCGUCGGGCAGCAGCCGACCCCUUCCCAGCGCUAUGAAUGCCGCAGCACUACCGUCGUUGGGCUUCGGCGGCAUCUUCACCGAUGGAGCGAACGGCGGAGUCUCUGCAACAGGAUCAGGCCCCUCUGGAGUCAAUACGUUAGGGCCGUCGGCAACCAGCUAUCCAACGAACGGAGGAGGAAAUGGAGGUGGAAACGGAGGAGGAAACGGAGGAGGAUUUCCAGAUGGAGGAGAUAAUGCGAAGGGAGGACUUUCAGCUGGCGCAAUUGCUGCCAUCGUAAUCGCGUGUCUUCUGGUGGUGGCGGGCCUCACAGUAUUCAUCCUUCGGAGACGCUCCCGUCACAGGCAGGAUCGACAAGCCCAUUCGUGGUGGUUCUCAAGACAGCGGACGUCGCAGAUCUACGACGAUACCCCGCCUCUCAACGGGCGAUCAUCCAGCGCUUAUACGUUCACCACGAUCAGCGACCGCACUAUGUCCCCUGUGCCCACCUACGACCUCCCUUCCCCUCCACCGACCGCUGAAAUGUCACAAAGCAGCACGCCAAUUCCGCAUUACGACGUGAACGGUCUUCUAUUCCCCAUCCCAAGCCAGUACACCGUCAUGAACAACCGGAUAUCGCGCACUUCACUGCUCAGCGACUCGACGGCCUCAACAGAGUCACAACUUGAGACGAAUACUAUAACCUUCCCGCCCUCGCGCUACUCUUCCCAAACAACAAUUAUCCCCCAACCUUACCCAGCCAAGGUCGACAGCCCCCGGCAGAUGAGCAAUAUUCCCCCACUUUCUCCUAUCAUUAUACCUUCAUAUCGACGUGUAUCAGCCGUCCCCAUUCCUCCCAUCCCUCCUCUACCGAAAUCACCCCCUCCCACUCCCCGUCAGUUCACUUCGAAUCCUUUCGCGGACAAUAAUCCAUUCGAUGACCCCACACAUUAG